AUGUCCAAGGCCGCCCAGAAAGCCAAAGCGCAGAUUGUGCGUUUGUUAAUCCCAGCUGGAAAGGCAGCUCCGACACCACCAGUUGGUCCUGCUCUGGGUGCUCGAGGUGUAAAGUCGAUGGACUUUUGCAAGGAAUUCAACGCGAGGACAGCAGCUAUUGAACCCGGUGUUCCGAUCCCCACACUCAUCACUGUUCAGCCGGAUCGAACCUUCAGUUUCGUCACCAAAACUCCUCCAGUCUCCUACUUCCUGAAGCAAACCACUGGAAUCGAGAAGGGUCCAGCAAAACCUGGUCACGAAACGCUCGCGACUAUCAGCCUUAAACAUGUCUACGAAAUAGCCAAGAUCAAAGGCUCGGACGAGCAGAUGAAGCACUUGCAAUUAGAAGCUAUUGCUCGUAUGAUUGUAGGAAGCGCCCGGAGUUUAGGAAUCCAGGUUGUGCCGUGA